GCGUCACGGCGCGAGAUAAAUACUGCAGCGCCAUGAUGUGCAGCUCACCGCGUUCCCGGGAGGUCUUGGCCUGCCGCUGCUGUUUCUCUCGCGCGCGCGCCUCGUUUAGUCCCGUCUCAGCCCUCACACUCCCACCAUGAAGUCGUUCGUGAGCGCCGCUCUCGCGGCCGCGCAGCUGCUGCUUGCUGGCCCCGUGUCGGCCGGCGCCCUCAACCGCGGCCAUGGCAUGAUGGAGAUCGGGCCCAUCGACACGGUCGUCGAGACGCACAGCAAGCGCGCCGAGCAGGCAGGGCUCAACGGCUGGGGCACCUUUGACCAGCUGAUCGACCACGCGAACCCGAAGCUGGGCACCUUCAAGCAGCGGUACUGGUACGGCGCCCAGUACUGGAAGGGUCCCGGAUCGCCCAUCAUCCUCGUCAACCCGGGCGAGCAGGCCGCCGACGGCUUCAACCGCACAUACACCACGGCCGCUCGGCUGCCCGGCCUCUUCGCGCAGGAGACGGGCGGCGCGGUGGUCGUCAUGGAGCACCGCUACUGGGGCGAGUCGUCUCCGUACCCCGAGUUGACGAUCCAAAACCUCAAGUACCUCACGCUGUGGAACUCGCUCAAGGAUAUCUCGUACUUCGCCAACAACUUCGUGCCCCCCUUCGACCCGAGCGGCGGCAGCUCGCCCAAGAACGCCCCGUGGGUCUUCUCUGGCGGCUCGUACUCGGGCGCGCUGGCCGGGUGGUCUGCGGCGCUCGACCCGGGCACCAUCUGGGCCUACCACGGCACCAGCGGCGUCGUCGAAGCGAUCGGAGACUUUUGGCAGUACUUUGUGCCCGUGCAGGAGGCGACGCCCCAGAACUGCAGCCGCGAUCUCUCGGCCACCAUCGACAGCAUUGACCUCGUGCUGAAGCUCGGCACUCCCAAGCAGAAGCACGACCUCAAGCAGAAGUUCCUGUUGACCGAUCUGACCGAUGCCGACUUUGCUUCCGCGCUAGAGUACGGCCCCUGGUCGUGGCAGUCGUCGCAAUUCUACUCGACCACCACGCAGGGCUUCAACCCCUACUACCAGUUCUGCGACUACAUCGAGAACGUGUGGCCCAACUCGACGAACCCCGUUCCCGGCGCCAAGGGCGUUGGCGUCGCGAAGGCGCUCGAGGGAUACGCCAAGUGGUUCAAGGAGGUCGAGCUGCCCGGAAGUAGGUCGUCCCUCCGACGCGCACUCUCUGAACUGCGAAAUGCUGACGCGACUGUUUUUGCUCUGUACAGCUUGCGAGGCUGGCGGGUAUGCCGAGUGGCAGGGCACUUACAACACGGGCUGCUAUCAGAACCAGAACGCGUCCAACCCCGCCUACCACGACUUGACUGUCGGCAACUAUUUCAACCGCCAGUGGAACUGGCUGCUUUGCAACGAGCCGUACGUGCUUCACAAAUUCGCCCCCUAGACUCGGAGGCUAACCACUCUCUCCGCAGCUUUGAGUACUGGCAAGACGGAGCGCCGGUAGGGCGGCCGACGAUUGUGUCGAGGCUCGUGACAGCCGACUACUGGCGGCAGCAAUGCAACCUAUGGUUCCCACGCAGCCAGGGCGGCGGGGGCGUGGGUAUCGCGCAGGGCAAGCGGGCCAACGACGUGAACAGGUGGACGGGCGGGUGGUCGGCGACCAAGACGAAGCGGCUGAUGUACGCCAACGGCGGGCUCGACCCGUGGCGCGACUCGACCGUGUCGAGCAUCUUCCGCCCCGGCGGCCCGCUCAAGAGCACCGAGCAGCUGCCCGUGCGCGUCAUCGCCGGCGGCAUGCACUGCUCUGAUUUGUACGGGCCCAACUGGGGCGUCAACCCCGGCGUCCAGCAGAUCGUCAACGACGAGGUUGCUAAUAUCAAGACGUGGAUUGCUGAGUUUUAUGAGCUGAAUAAUAAGUCGGAGAGGAGCGAGCCGCGACCGAGACUUUAGGCAGGGGUGUAAGUAGACAGUAGAGUAAUGCCAUCCAUUGGGGGGG